AUGGUACCUACUCAUGAACCGUUCACGUUGCAGAACUUAAUGCAGAAAGAAUGCAUGGGUGAUGGCGUGUGGUUCGUCCAUCCGGAGCACAACCGCACGUGGACCAACUACACUGCGUGCGACCAGGCGCCACCCUCACAUGCCGUCAUUCCGCGAGAACACCUCUCAAUGCUCAACUACACCGACAGCGUGCUGAUCCAGGUGUGGACACCGGUCAUCAAGCACAUCAGCCGGGUGGGGUACAGCAUCUCGCUGACCGCCCUCCUCGUCGCCAUGGCGAUCUUCUGCAGCAUCAGGAAGCUGCGGUUGUGCCCGAGGACGAAUCUGCACACCCAUCUGUUCGUCUCGUUCAUCAUGAAGGCGGUCAUGGGGAUCGCCUUGGACAGUGUGUCGGAGGAAUUGGACGAACUUGGAUACAGUGGGAGCCUAGGAUGCAAGAUGGUGACGGGCAUCUGGCAGUACUUCACCAUGGCCAACUAUUCGUGGGUGACCAUGGAGGGUCUCUACCUGUUCUCCCUCAUCUACCUUGCGCUGUUCUCCGACCACAGCAGCAUCACCGCUUACGUCAUACUUGGAUGGGGAUUUCCCAUCUGUUUCGUGGUGCCAUGGAUAGUUGUCCGUGCCUUGAAGGAGGACUACUAUUGCUGGCGAGUCCACAUCAACAAGGGAUUCUUCUGGAUUAUCCGAGGGCCAACCGUGUUCCUGAUUUUGGUCAACGCCGUCCUCUUCGUUUGCAUCGUGCUGGUAUUGAUGCAGAAGCUGAACGCGUCUAUCUCCGUGGAAACCCGCCGAUACAGGAAGCUGGCGCGCUCCACGCUGGUGCUGAUCCCGCUCUUCGGCUUCCACUACGUCUUGUUCGUUGGCUUGUCGGCCUUCAUGAACGUCAACCCGAUCGUGGAACUCAUCUGGCUGUUCGUUGACCAGCUGUUCGCGUCAUUCCAGGGCUGCUUCGUGGCCAUCCUGUACUGCUUCAUGAGUUCCGAGGUCAAGCUGGAGCUGAAGAAGCACUGGGCGACGUGGCGCUACGCCAACAUGGGCGUGUCCACCAACUCCGGCCGCAGCCGCUCCAACCACGGCAAGAGCUACAGAAGUAUGGGCAGGAGCUCUGUGCAGAGCACUACUCUGAUGGAUAGGCCGUCGGAGACCGGACAGAGUCGCAACACGUCCCCGCUCGUCAGGUCUGUCACCGACAGGAGCUCACCGCGUCAGCUCAGCGUGGCCGAGCCCAUCAAGGAGGUCAGCUGGGAGGAGUCCCGGGCGCCAGCCGACAUCGCCCCGCCGGCCGUGGUGGAGGCGCCGCCGCAGUCGGCCGCCCUGCUCGUGCGCUACGACGGUCUCAGCGGCGGCUCGGUCCACAUCGAGGCCGCACCGCUGAACGGCACCAGCGAUGGCAGCCCGCCGCGAGCCUGA